AAAAGAAAAACGAAAAGGAACUGGAUUGACUUCUAUCUUCUGUAGGAGUAUAGAAAGUUUUAUAGAUACAUAUAAAAAGUUAGUUUAAUACCAACGAGCAAGCAAGCGAUACUUUAUAAAAAUGCAAUUCAUUAUUCAGUUCGUAUACUAAAUCUGGUUUUGAUUAAAAAUAUUUCCUCUCUAAUUUUUUCAUUAUUGAAUUUGAAAUUGUUGAAAAUUUCCAAAAGAAUGAAUAUGUGAAGUGAAAAUUUUUCAUAUUUUUCAAUAUAAAUUCUAAUUGAAAGUACAAUAAUAUUUGUGAAAAUUUCUAUUUCUACAUAUACAUUUACAAAUAUAUUUACAUACAUACAUAUUUAUUAUAUAUAGAGAAAAAUGAGUAUAAACUACACCGCCUUAUAUCAAGGUCUGGAAUCACUUCCCAAUGAAUUACAACGCAAUUUUAAAUUAAUGCGUGAUUUAGACGCAAGAGCACAAAAUGAAAUGAAAAAAAUUGAUGAAAAAGCCAAAGAAUUUAUGAAAGCCCAAAUUCAUAAUAAAGAAUCAUUAACAGAGGAAGUACGUAAAGAAAAAUUACGUGAAAUACAAGAAUUAUUUAAUAAAGCAAAAGAAUAUGGUGAUGAUAAAGUUCAAUUAGCAAUACAAACUUAUGAAUUAGUUGAUAAGCAUAUUAGAAAAUUAGAUUCAGAUUUAGCUAGAUUUGAAGGUGAAAUUCAAGAUAAAGCGAUGUCCACACGUAGUAAAUCUGAAGAGACAAUUGCAAAGAAAGGUCGUAAAAAAGUUAAAGAUGUUAAAAGUAUUGGUAAAAAAAGACGUACAGCUGGUGGUUCAUCGGAUGAAGAAGCAAAUGCAAUCAAAGAGAAACAAGAUAAAAAUUCAACUAAAAAUAAAAAGCAGAAGGUAAAUCAAGAAAAAGAAACAACUGGUCGUAAAGGUCAAAAGAAAAAUACUGAAGGCGAAGAAAUAGCACAAGAAACAAGUCAUUUACCAGCAACACAUCCAAGUGAUGUAUUGGAUAUGCCAGUUGAUCCAAAUGAACCCACAUACUGUCUAUGUCAUCAAGUAUCAUAUGGUGAAAUGAUUGGGUGUGAUAAUCCAGAUUGUCCCAUUGAAUGGUUUCAUUUUGCAUGUGUUGGCCUAACCACUAAACCGAAAGGAAAAUGGUUUUGUCCAAAAUGUGGACAAGACAGGAAAAAGAAAUAAAUUAAAAAAACGAAUGUUAAAAUAUUUUUUGAAAAGUGAAUUAUUUUUUUUUUCUAUUUUAAGAUCCUUCUCUUUUGUUUAAAUAAUUAUUAUAUUUUACUAAAAAUGUUAAACCCACAAAAUUGUGUAUUAUAUAUUAUGUUUAGU